AUGACACCUCAGGUAUCACGCACGGUCUUGCGACUGGAGGCAUCAGCAGUCCGUGAACUAAAGGAUGGCAUAAAUUUCAAGAAAAAUCCAGAGGAUGGCAAAUGUUACAUCAUUUUCAAAGACAAAGAUAAAGCACGGGCAUGCAAAAACCAAUGCAAGCACCAGGGAGGACUUUUCAUUAAAGAUAUCGAGGACUUAGAUGGCAGAACAGUGCGUUGUACUAAACACUACUGGAAACUUGAUGUGUCCACCAUGGAGUAUGUCAACCCUCCAGACAGCUUUCUUCAAGAUGAACUCGAGGUAGUGAUUUCAGAUACUGAUUGCAGUUUGGAAUUGGUUGAGUUGAAUCCACCAGACCCUUGGACUUUGGACCCCCGAGAGGCACAAGACCUACAACCUGGAGAACUCACGUUGACGUACAUGACACACGCAUGCAUGGAACUUAAAGCUGGAAGCAAGAGGAUGAUGUUUGAUCCGUGGCUGACCGGGCCAGCGUUUGCCAGAGGAUGGUGGCUCUUACACGAACCCCCAUCUGACGCCAUGCAGAGACUCUGCCAGGCGGAUCUCAUUUACAUUAGUCAUAUGCACUCCGACCAUCUGAGCUACCCCACUUUGAAAUUACUCGCCGAGAAGCGGCCAGAUAUUCCCAUUUAUGUUGGAGACACCUCGCGGCCGGUGUUCUGGUACCUGGAGAGAAGCGGGGUGAACUUAACAAACAUCAUUGUUGUGCCUUUCGGCGUAUGGCAGAAUGUUGAUGAGCACCUGAGAUUCAUGAUUCUAAUGGACGGUGUUCAUCCUGAGAUGGACACAUGUCUAAUCGUGGAAUAUAAAGGUCACAUGAUCCUGAAUACGGUCGACUGCACCCGCCCGAACAACGGGCGUCUUCCACAAGGUGUCGACGUGAUGAUGAGCGACUUCGCCGGCGGCGCUUCCGGCUUUCCAAUGACUUUCCAUGGUGGGAAAUACACCGAAAGCUGGAAGGCCGAUUUCAUUAAAAAUGAGAGAAAGAAACUGCUGAACUAUAAGACUCAGCUGGUGAAGAGUUUACAGCCCAAGAUCUACUGUCCUUUUGCCGGCUACUUCACAGAAGCCCAUCCCUCAGACCGGUACAUAAAGGAGACAAAUAUUAAGAACAGUGCAGAAGAUCUGAAUGCAUCCAUACGUAAGGCCUGUCCAAAUACCCUAACCUGGACCCCUUUACCCUGUUCUGUGCUGGAUGUGGCUCAGGCUUUAGCAGUUCAAUCCAACAGGGAGGCAAUCACUCAACCCCAAAACGCUACAAAGAUCUAUAAGGACAGUUGGGACUUUGACUUGUAUUUGGAGGAGCUGAAUGCUUCCAUUUCCAAUGAUAUCUUUAAACACAAAACCUGGAUCCAGUUUUAUUAUAACUGGGCAGGAUUUAAAGGCUACAAUCUGGUCAUAAAGGUCAUUGAAACGGAUGAUGAUUUCAUGCCGCAUGGAGGCUAUGAUUAUUUAGUGGAUUUCAUGGAUCUGUCCUUUCCAGACAAGAGACCGGAGAGAGAUCACCCGUAUGAAGAGAUCAAAAACAGAGUGGGGGUGAUGAGACACGUGGUUGUGACUGGGCGACUCUGGGACGACCUGUACAUCGGCUUCAAUAACAGAAUGAGUCGGGACCCUGAUGUAUACCAUCACAAGUUUUGGAAUCAUUUCCAGACUGAAUUACCUCUAUCAGCUCCAGACUGGGAUAAUUUCCUUCAGACCGUCUCUAAAAACACGGAUCUGAAACAGGAGAAUGGUUUCUGUGUGCUGUCUUAA